GCCUUCCCUCCAUCUUAUGUUCACUUCAAACAACAUAAUUUCAUCCAGAUAUGAGCGUGAUGCUGUGAUUCGAAGUCUUGGAGCAGCAGAUCAGAUUUGGGACAUGGAGCUGUGGAAUAUGACUGAUGUGCCAGCCAAGCCGUUGUCACCUCUGUCUAACUGCACUGUGGACACCAGCUACCGCUUCACCUUUUAUCAAAUGUCCUACAGUGUCAUCUUCCUGCUGGGAUUGGUCACCAACAGCUUGGCGCUGCGCAGACUGUGUCUGUCUCCCUGCAUGAACAGUACUGCCAUUUACAUGGUCAGCCUGUCAGCGGCCGACAUGUUUUUUGUAAUCUCGCUACCCCUGAGAGUCUACUACUACCACCAGAGGGCCAGAGCCUUGUCCUCAACAACAGGAGACGUGUCCAGCUGGACUCCUGCCGUGGCAUACUGCCACCUCACUUUCACCAUCAAAUACAUCAGCUUGUAUGGGGGCAUCUUCUUCCUGGUGUGCAUUGCUGUGGACCGUUACUAUGCUGUGGUGCACCCACUGGGAUCAACACUCCGGAGGCGGCGUGUUGCACAGCUGGUAAGUGGUGGGAUCUGGUGCCUGGUGCUGGGGCUCAGUGUGAGUUUGCCUCUGCUGCACUCUACAGCCGCUCACCAACACCAGCCUUGUCUGCUGGACCCAUCCUUGCAACACCACCGCAACAUCAUCUUCGUAGCUCUGGGCUUAGUACUUGGGUCAUUUCUGCUGCCCACGGUGCUACUUCUCUACAGCUACUGCAGAGUGCUGAGUGUGCUUCGCCAGCCAAGGCAUCGUUCACGCAGCCAGCGCCGCAUCCGUCAGCACACUCUCACAGUUAUUUACUGGGUGCUGGGCGUCUUCCUGCUGUGUUUUGUCCCCUAUCACAUCAACCUCCUGGGAUACACCCUCACACAGACGGGGCUGCUGCGCAACUGUGGCCUGGCCAAGGUGACCAAUGCUGUGCAUCCCAUAGUGCUGUCACUAGCGAGCUUAAACUGCUGCCUCAACCCACUCAUCUACUAUUUCUCCAGCAGCCUUUUGCACAAGGAGGUGCCCGGUGGUGGAGCCAGUGGCAGCCACUGACACAGAUCAUCUCACGACACUACUGACAAACUGGUUCUUGAAAAAGAGUAAUUUUGAUAUGCAGUGACAUUUUUCAUAUGUAUUGAUU